GCUGAUACGAAACGUGAACCGGUUUAUAUAUUAUUAAAUGAAUCAGCUGCAUUAGUCAUCGGAACUUGCAGUUCCCAGCAUUUCCGCAAGCAUGAAGGUUCUGUUUGUGUGCAUUGGCAACACCUGUCGCUCGCCAAUGGCCGAGGCCAUACUGAAGCAUUUAGUUUUGAAACGAAAUCUUGGGGAUUGGUAUGUGGACAGCGCUGGCCUAAGGGAUUGGAAUGUGGGCGUGGAGCCCCAGGCACGAGGGCAACAAUUGCUAAAACAACAUGGCCUUAAAACUAAUCACUUGGGUCGUAUGAUUACUGCCCAAGACUUUUACGACUUUGAUUACGUAUUCGCCAUGGACAACAGCAACCUGAUGGAGCUUCAGCAAAUGGCAGGUAGACUUAAUCCCACUCCAUAUUGCAAGAUUGAACUGCUGGGUAGCUAUAUUGGACGCAAGGAGGAUGAGAUCAUCCAGGAUCCAUAUUUUAGCCAAGGAAUGGGAGGUUUUAAUACCGCAUAUCUGCAAAUUUCGGAAAGCUGCGAGCGUUUCGUAGAAUUUGUGGUAUCAGAUGGAAAAGCAGUUUCCAAAAAUACUCUGUAACGUGCCUA